CAGCCAUUGCAGCAGAGCCUAAAAUCAAACGCCAUUGCAUAUUUGCAUUCAUAGCCAUUGCAGCCUAAAAUCGCCGUCGCCGUCGCCGCCGCCGCAUAGCGCCGGUUCCGUCCGUGACUGCUCCUCCUCCGUCCUUGUUUCUUUAAACUUCCAGUCUCGCAGGGCUUUACGGCGAGGAACAAUUACAUCUUCUCGCAAAAGAUUUCCGAAGCCUCCCGAGCUUGGACACCUUCUCGCGAAUUUUACCACAUCGGACACUUUCAGUCAGCUAUCUCGGGUGGGGAAUCCUCAUCCCCGAAAAUGGAUGUCGACGCACGCCUGGAGUAAGUUUUGUUUCGUACAUUCAAUUCUGUGCAUACACAGACGAAAUUGUCGGCAAAUUCUAUAACCGACCCAAUGGAGUCGAGUUUGGACCCGCUAGCUGCGGGUGAGUCUGAACAGAUAUCAGGAAUGUCGUUAUUUCACCGGAGAAUCGAGUUCCAUUUGGCCCGGAAAUCAUUCAAUGGAUUUGGGAAUGGCAGUGGAGGGUUUCGGCUGGAGACACUGAACCCGAGUUCGAAUUCAGCUUCGGUGCCUGGCAAAGCUCCUGGCCCGGGCAACCCUCCCUCGAAUAAGGGCAGCAGCAACGAUGGGCUAGACUUUGAUCCGGAGCUCAGCCUUAACAUCACAUUCAGGAAAAUUAUGAGAAUUGGCGCUGGCUUAGAAAAUCUUGGAAAUACUUGCUUUCUCAAUGCAGUCUUACAGUGUCUGACAUACACUGAACCUCUAGCAGCAUAUUUGGAAAGUGGGAAGCAUCAAAAUUCUUGUCGUAAAGCUGGGUUUUGUGCUUUAUGUGCCAUCCAGAGGCAUGUGAGUCGUGCUCUUCAGGCAACAGGGAGAAUUCUUGCGCCAAAAGAUCUUGUGUCCAACUUGCGCUGCAUAUCUCGGAAUUUCCGCAAUGCUAGACAGGAAGAUGCACAUGAGUAUAUGGUGAAUUUGCUAGAAUCAAUGCAUAAAUGCUGCUUACCUUCAGGAAUUCCCAGUGAGUCUCCUGGUGCUUAUGAGAAAAGCUUGGUCCAUAGAAUGUUUGGUGGCCGCCUUCGCAGUCGGGUGAAGUGCAUGCAGUGUUCCUACUGCUCUGACAAGUAUGAUCCCUUCUUAGAUCUAAGUUUAGAAAUAAUCAAGGCAGAUUCUUUAUACAAGGCACUGGAACACUUCACUGCCCCAGAGUUGUUGGAUGGAGGUGAAAAGCAGUAUAGCUGUCAACAAUGUAAACAAAAAGUCAGGGCUCGUAAGCAGCUCUCUGUUGACAAGGCCCCUCAUGUCCUUACCAUUCACUUGAAGCGGUUUGGUUCACACUUACCUGGGCAGAAAAUUGAUAAGAAGAUUCACUAUGGUCCUGUUUUGGAUUUAAACCGUUUUAUGAGUAGCCCCCAUACUAGUGAUUUGAAAUAUACACUUUAUGCUGUACUAGUUCAUGCUGGCUGGUCCACCCAUUCUGGCCACUAUUACUGCUUUGUUCGCACUUCUAGUGGGAUGUGGUAUUCCCUUGAUGAUAAUCAGGUCUUCCAGGUGAACGAGAGAAAGGUGUUGGAGCAAAAGGCGUACAUGCUUUUCUAUGUUCGAGAUAGGAAAAGUAGUUUGCCUAAGAGGCAUGUUGAUGUUGCACAUAAAGACAGCAGUUUAAUAAAUGGUGUAGGAAUUAAAGAGCAUAAAUGUGGUUCAACAAAGGAAGCUUCAAUAACUGCUGGAAUAUGUUCGCCUCUAACUGCUACAUUGGGUAAUGUCUCAGAUGGAACUCAUAAUAUUUGCAGAGUCCCAACUGCAAUGACGAGGCCUAUUGGUUGCAAUACAGAUGUUAGGAUGAAAGAUGUAAAUGUCCCAAUGCCUGCACUUCCUAAGUCAAAUAGUACCGUGGAUAAAGAUUCAAGUGGCUCUAUUGUACUGCCGUUAAGCUGCAAUGAGGAUGUAAUCAAUGAAAAGGAUUCAAGUGACAACUCCAGUCACAAACCAGACGAUGACAGUAUACUUAAAAAAUCUUUAGUUAGGUGUAGCAAGGGAAAAAGUAUUCCUGGAAAGGUAUUGGAACUUAGUGAGCAAAAGCUGAAAGAGGCAGGCCAAUUAAAGUCCAAUCAGAUUCACGGUUUCUCCAAGGGAAAUGAGACAAGUGAGAUUGGAUCUGAUAUAUUAGUUACACUAUCAGACCCUUUGAGGACAAGCAAGACCAAACCACUGAAAGCCAAUGGGAAGACCAACCUGAAAGUUAGAAAGAAGCCUUUCAAGUCACAUAUCACCAGCAUGCAUCUUAGUUCCCUCAUCUUUGGUACUGCAUUAUAUGUGAGAAGGAAGAGAAAACAAAAACUUAGAAAACAUUGCAUUUCACGCAUCGAUAAUAGGAGUUUGGAGUACUUGAAUGGGGAACAUGCCCUGCCAAGCAGCCUUGGUCCUACUUCUGAGCAAGCAAAGGUUUUGACUACCAGACGUUCGCUCCAUAAGAAGAGAUUGACAUGUGUCUCUGAUGUAGAGGUCUACAAUUCGGGUGUAAAAGGUCAACUGGAUACUGGACACUUGCAACGUAGAAUGGUUAAUGAAGUACCUAAAGAGAGAGCAGGGAAUGUUGAAACUGUACUGAUGACUGAUAAGCAGAGUGGUCUGAUGAACAUGCUCACCAGAGGAUUAGAGGGGACAACGGUGCCAAGUUGGGAUGGCGAACAAAUUUCUCCUUUGGACGUUACUGAACCAGGAAAUGAGUGUGUCAAAAUUGGCUACAUUGGGGAUGAAUGGGAUGAGCAUUAUGAUGAGGGUAAGAGGAAGAAGGUAAGGAGUUCCAAACUCGACUUUGGUGGCCCAAAUCCAUUCCAAGAAAUUGCAAGCAAAAAGGCAAAGCUGAAGAGAGCAAAGCUGGCCAAUCAACCAAUUCGUAUAUGACUGAGUUUAAAGGUGUGUCUAGACAUUCAUGGAGGCAACAUAUUCUGGAGGCUUAAGGUGUCCACCCCAGUUUUGUUUUGUAUGUUGGGGAGUUACCAAACAUUCAUCAGUGUGUAGAGUUGGAAAGAUAUAUGAGCAUCUUGUCUGACAAAUCGGCCAAAGAUUAUAUUUUCCUCCAGGCAAUUUUGCAGGUUCAUCUUUUGUGCUAAAUUUUUUUUUUUUUUUUUUUUUUCCCCUCUCUCCCUCCUUUUCUUCACAUAUCCUAGUUUUUUCUUCCUCCUGUGUCAAUAAAGCAGUGUGAAACUUCUUGAAUUGAACAAUUAAAUUUAAAGAGUGUAAUUCUUCUA